GUUGCGGCCUCGCGGCAAUUCUCUUGGCCAGUUUCAGGCUCGGCGCUGGACCGUGAAGCUCGUGAUCUCCCGCACAAAUCCGACAACGCGGUGGCGAUCGGUAAACCGAGGAUGUGAGAACCUCGGUAACGAUUCCUCGGCUAAACACGGAAGGAUACUUAUUCCGGUUGGUUCCGUCGUAUCACGAGAGAGCGAUUCAACCUUCGCCAUCGUAGAGCUUCAACUUUACAAUAAAUUAGUUCAAUUUAAAUUUGUUGAAAAUAAAUCCGAACUGUAGAGGAGAAAAAAAAAUAUAUAUAUAUAUAUAAAGGAAAAGAGGAGAAGAAGAAGAUAAUCGAUACGUACAAUCGAAAUUGGUUUAACCGUUGACAAAUCGUUCGAUCGAGAAGCACGAUAAUAACCGAUUCCCUGGUGAGAGAUCAAUCGCCGAUUGCGAUAAAUGCUCGAAGGAAUCGCCGAUUGCUCGAAAUGUUCAACGAAUGCCGUUUGAAAUUGCAUGGAAAUAAUCGUAAGAAGGAAUUCGCUUGGUGGCUCCCAUGAGACACGACAAUUAAACGAGGAGAGAGUUCGUUCACGUGUUUGAAAUAAAAGAGAAAUAAAUUUAAAGGAGAGGAACAUAGAAUAUAAAUAAAUAAAUAAAUAAAAAGAAAAAAAGUUAAAAGGGACAAAGUAAAUUGAGUUAGAUAGAUUGAUAAGAUAAAAGAUGAUCUAUCAGUCGGGUCACCAAGCACCAACGAUGUCGUCUACGAGAAAAACUUCGCCGAGGUUUCAGCAUCGCAAUCUCCAAUCGUCCUCGAAAUGCAUGAACUCCAAGAGGAAAGGAGACCUACCGGAGAGAGUUCACGUUGAGGAGAGGUGCAGAGGAAGAUGCAGAGUUCAAUGGAGCGAGAAACACGUGAAAGAGGGCUUGGUUCUCGUUCAGGAGACACAACUUGCUAGGGUGGUCAAAACUGGGCCUAUUACCGAACAUUAUGAGAUUGAUUCGAAACCUUUUGCUAGCGGACAAUGGGCAAGAGUAUAUCGAUGCAGAUCUCGAUCAACGGGUACGGUUUAUGCUGCAAAGUAUUCAUCCAGGAACAGAUUCAACGCUGAUUGCAGUGCCGAAUUAAGACACGAAAUCGCCCUGUUGUCUCUUUGCUCACAAUCGCCGCGGGUUGUUCGGUUGCAUGACGUAUACGAGACACCGAAGGAGAUUAUUAUGGUCAUGGAAUUUGCCCCAGGUGGCGACCUGCAGACUCUGAUCGACGGUGAUUUGGUGCCCCUCGAAGGUGACGUCGUCCACUUUGUGAGGCAACUAGUAGAAGGACUUGCCUACCUCCACGAAAGAAAUAUCGCCCAUUUGGACAUCAAGCCACAAAAUCUCGUGAUGAUGGGUACUUUCCCGGAAUGCGACGUCAAACUUUGCGACUUCGAGAUAUCAAGGGUCAUACUGGAAGGCACGGAAGUUCGUGAGAUUCUUGGGACGCCUGACUAUGUGGCGCCGGAAAUACUGCACUACGAACCGAUCACGUUGGCCGCCGAUAUGUGGUCUCUCGGUGUUACAACCUACGUACUACUAACAGGUUUCUCCCCGUUCGGAGGCGACACCGAUCAAGAAACGUUUCAAAAUAUAUCCCUAGGUGAAGUUGAUUUCCCAGAAGAAUUGUUCGAGGAAGUUUCGGCGCAGGCAAAGGACUUCGUCGCUAAACUUUUAGUGCUAGACCCAAGCGCACGAAUGACAGCGAAGCAGUGUCUGCGUCAUGAAUGGUUACGCGGUGCUCCGACCCAAGCGUCACCACAUUUGAGACGAUAUUUAUCAAAAUCUCGUGAAGUUCUUCUGGAACGUGUGGUGAGUCGAGAAAAUCUAAGAAGAGCAGCCCUAUUGAGUCAAACUACGAGUCAAGCAAAUCUUUUAUCGACGGAUAAUCACGAUCAAAAUCUUCAGGAUUGCGUACUGAGCCACAGCGAGAUUUGCCUGAGCGAUUGCAUGACUGCAAGCCAAUCGAGUCUCCCCGGAAGCGAAGGUUUUCCUAGUCCGUCUAAUUCCCAAGUGAGUUUGAACUCUUCCCGAACGAGUCUUAGUUGCGCCAGCCAAAGUUGUCUGUUGAACAAGGAACAAACGCAGGGUUUGCUUAGUCGAGCGCAGAGCCGGUCUCAAGCUAAUUUGAAUCAUGCUGUUAGUCGUGGCCUUUUGUCCAGAAUACGUAGCCUUCAUCGUAUACAAUCGCAAACGUGUCUAUCUAACGGUACUUCGAAAACAACUGCAUCACCCAUUCAACGUAUGAUCACCUCGAUGCACCCUGUUAGCAAAUCACGUGAAAAGUUGUAUGGUUUAAGAUCGCUUUCGAAAUCUCAGGGUGUACUUGACAUAUAUAGAAGUUUGGAAUGUCUUAGACGUAAGAGAAAACCCUACGAAAGAGCCAAGACCGAGGAUGUUGUUCCUAUCAUAAAACGAAUCGAUGUUGAAGAAAUGUCGAGAAUCAAUGAUAAUCAAAAAACACCUUGCGAGACUCGUAAUUCGAUAAACUCGGAACAACGACAAACGAACGGAUCCCUUUUGGAGAAGCCAGUCGUAGACGAGAUCGUAGAUAACACGAAAGAGGAAAAGCCUCUGCAAAAACAACUGAUCUUAUCUAACUCGAUAGGCGCGGAAAAGACAUACGAUCGUUCGGAGAUGUCGAAAGAAUCCAACUCGAGGUCGGAGGAAAAUCUAGAUUCCUUGAAAUCUAUCGAAUCGGACACUCUAACGGAAGAAUCUGAUGAAAUCCCUUUGGAUCGUGAAAGAGAACCGAACGACUUAUCCACGGGAAAACAUCCAUGUCAAAGACAACAUUCAGACGUUUCUAACCAUUCAAACAACUCUGGAAUCUCAGAUGAUAAAGAAGAUCGUUCGACCGAGUCAGAAACUGAAGAACCAAAAUAUACGGUUGCCCAAUUAGUCUCUGCUUUCAACAAACAUCAAGAGGUUGCUUCAAAAAGUAGUCUCGAAGCAAUUAUGAGCGAAAAAAGAAUCAACGAAGUUACGUUUCCUACUGGUACCAAGGCCUUGCGUCUUUUCAUACCUGACAUUGAUAUUACGGAAAGUACGAUAGUCAGACGAAAGACUAGUUACAAGCCUAGGAAAAAUUGGGAAGAAUUAAGAAAAAAAAAUGAAAAAAACGAGGGUGUCCUUAAGAAUUUUGAACAUGAAUUUGAUAACGAUGAUGAUGAUAACCAACAAGAAAUAUCAAAGGAGGUAACACCCGAACAAAUAACCGAUAAUAAGACUGAUAAAAGUGCUGAUAUUGUUAAUGAAAGGGAUAACAAGAAACAGGAUGGUUUAGUUUUCGAAAAUUGGUCCGUGGAUGCUGAUUUUACGGAAAGUAUCGGUAUGGAAAAUAGUAUUGAUACUACCAUCGACGAAAAAUACAAGCAAUGCGUCAAAGUAGCCAAUAAAUUAAAAAACGAUAAGCAAAAGAAGAUAUCUUCGUUUGUCAAAACGAUUAAUCAAAAUCCGAUUCGUCAAAAGGAAAGAAUGCCUAAUUACAUUUAUCCGCAAUUAACGAAUCAUACGAAAGAAGAAAUACAAGAAUCCCUUUGCAACAAUAAAAUGGCUUCUAAUGCAAACGUAAAAAUAGAUAAGAAAAAAUCAAGCAAAUCAAUGCAAUCGAAUAACGUUAAUGUUUCCAAUGUAAACUUGAAAGACAUACUUCAAAGGGUCGAUAGUUUUCAAAGUACACCGAAAGAGAACAUGGAAAAUCUUCGAAAAAGAACGUCGAUCGCUAAAAUCAUCGUCAAUGAUAAUUUGACGUUGCACGAUAACGUAGAUUCGAUAGUAAACGUAAAUGAGAAAGAUAACAGAACGAGUCUUCGUGCUAAAAGCGAAUCACCCCCGAAUAGUUCUCAUAUCGAAGAAAGAAUCCAAUUGAUAGUACAACCUUCCUUUGUUAGGUCAUCUUCGUUAUCAAGUGACAGUAGUUGUCCGACACCAUCCAGUGGCCAAUCGGAUACGAAUGUUUCUUGGGAAGAUGUUAUAACGACACAGGGAUCAAACGUAUUUUUGGAUAAAGCAGACAAUUAUAGAAAUCAAAGAAAAAAAGAAAUUGAUUCGAAUGAAACUAAAGGCAAACAAAACACGGAAGAGAAGAGACUUUGGGGCAAGGUAUGUACUGGAUCUUACACUAGAGCUAUGGAAAAAUUUACAGGAAAAAACGAUUGCAAUAAAAAAUCGAUGAAUUUUUUAUCAACGAAUAUUGAAAAGAUCAGAAGGAAGAGCACUCCAGCGAUGCCUCAAUGCAUUAAUCCUUAAAAACCAUUAUAAAAUUGUUCAUUCGAAAGACUGAAAGUUAGGACUUGAUAAUAUAUAUAUAUAUAUAUAUACAUAAAUAAAAAUAAAUUAUGUAUGUAUGUAUAUAUAUAUGUCUUUUAUCGCGUUACUCUUGAGACGAUAGUGAAAGAAGCUGGAAAUAUCUCAUUUUCGCUUACAGGAUUUAAGAUAAUCGUCUUGUAAUCCACGACUUGCACAAAGAGAUGACAGUAGCAGCAGCACUGCCAGUCAAAAGAGGGAAGAUCGAGAAAGGUAUUACAAAGCGUUAAUUUUUAUUUGAAACAUAUCGAAACACGAACGAAAUCGUUUUUAAUCGUUCAAGAUGGAUGAUAGAUUUCUCGUCAACGACGUCCUACUCGAUUAUUUCGCGGCACCACAAAGGCAAUUGAUCGUGAUUUAUCAUCUCAAGCUUAUCCUUGGUAUAAUCUCCAUAUCUAGCGAACACGAAGAGCUAUUUUUUUUUUCUUUUUUCUUUUUUUUUUUCCUUAGUAAAGCACCUACUAGCAUCGGCUUCGUUCGCCGCUUUGUCGGAACUUGGAGGACGUUCCGCGAGAAGAGAGAUUGGCAGAUAUAUUUUUGCGAGAUUCCAUUUAUGGGGAAAAAUUACGAUCUUAUGAAAAUCGUAUAAUUAUUAGGAAAAUCUAUUAAAAUUUCUAUAACGUCGAAUUACGCAGUAUUUCCUCAAUUACAUGCGAAAGAUCGAUCCCCCUCCUUUUACCACAAGGCAGCAGAAAAUUCAUUGCUCCAGAUUGAAACAGAAUAUAUUCUAGAUACGUAUGUGUAUAUAGUUAAGGUGUCUCAGUAAAGAAUGGAUUAUUGAGAAAACUGUGACUAGGUGAUCACGGUCAUAAGUCCUUAUUGGAAUAAUUACGAGAUGAUUCAUUCUAAGCAAAUGGAGGGUCGAACGUGCACGUGUUUGGGAGGACGUAAGUGCAAGACCUAUGGAAGUUUUUACAUAAGAAAGUAACUAUGCGAUUGUGUGUGUGUGUAUGUGUUACGAAAUUUCUAAUAAACUUGAUAUAAGGUACUUUGAAAAUUCACACACACACACACACAUUAUUGUAAUCAUAAUAAUUUGAUUAAAAGCAGUUCAUAUUCAGGCGUUAAAAUAUGCUAUUCCACAAUAUAGGUGUUUUAUUAAUACCUUGCCAUAUCUCAGUUAGUGAAUUUUGAUCUUUUUUUAUUUCAUUAUCACAAGAAUUAAAGUAUUUUAACGAUU